AUGUUUUUCGAGCGGGGAUACAUCAACAGGGACGACGAUAUGGAAUUCAUCGUUUACGAUUCUAAGAGUGCCGACAGGGUCAAAAAGUAUGCCAGGGCUCUUGGUGAUGUAGUCGAUAUAUUGACCUUCACACCUGCCCACGAAUACGAGAAGCAUCGUUUUAUUGACGAAUCCCAGGAGCGAGGCACCCUAGAUCGUCAACGUAGAGGAGACACUUCCUCUACCUACCAAGCCACCACAAGCACGAACCUGCACCACUUCGAGCGGCACGACGGAGCGGACGAGUUACUCAAAAGGGUACCGAGAACGAGUCCACCGCAACCGCAACCAGUGAGAAUUUGGCAGAUCUAUGAAUUUGGGGCUGGUUACCCUGUUUGUAAGACUGCAUGGAUACAGAGAUAGCAUGUCUAUGAAUUUGGGGCUGGUUACCCUGUUUGUUAGACUGCUUAGAUACAGUGAAGGCAUGUCUAAAAGUUUGGGGCUGGUUACCCUGUUUGUUAGACUGCUUGGAUACAGAGAUAGCAUGUCUAUGAAUUUGGGGCUGGUUAACCUGUUUGUUAGACUGCUUAGAUACAGUGAAGGCAUGUCUAUAAGUUUGGGGCUGGUUACCCUGUUUGUUAGACUGCUUGGAUACAGAGAAAGCAUGUCUAUAAGUUUGGGGCUGGUUACCCUGUUUGUUAGACUGCUUGGAUACAGAGAUAGCAUGUCUAUGAGUUUUGGGGCUGUUUACCCUGUUUGUUAAACUGCUUGGAUACAGAGAAGACAUGUCUAUAAGUUUGAAGCUGGUUACCCUGUUUGUUAGACAGCGUGUUUGAUUCUAUAAUGGCUGAUCUAGAAGUUUGGGGCUGGUUACCCUGUUUGUUAGAUCGCGAAUUUGAAUUUAUAAUGGCUGAUCUAGAAGUUUGGGGCUGGAUACCCUGUUUGUUAGAUCGCGAAUUUGAAUUUAUAAUAGCUGAUCUAGAGGUUUGGGGCUGGAUACACUGUUUGUUAGAUCGCGAAUUUGAUUUUAUUGGAUUCGAUCUAGCAGGAAUUACAAUGAGUUUAACUGAGGAUGAAGCUACUAAAGUCAUUGAAGAUGACAUACGAGAUCCAGCAGAAGCUACAAUGAGUGCAACUGCGAAUACGGCUACUGACUACAUUGAACAAGAAUUAUUACGAGACAUAUUUGGAUUGAGUCCUGUGGAGCCCUAUGAAGAUUCGGGUUCUGAGUACGUCCCGGAACAAGGUAGCAGGAGCUCAUCAAGGAGUUUACGAGACAUUCUUGGGGACUCGUCUGGGUCUGAAGGGAAUGAUGAGGGUCAUUCAUCUGUUUCUACAAGCAAAGAUACAAGAAAGCGUAUACGCAAAGAAAAUUUAUGGAAAAAGAAUGUGAGAAAAAAUAAAAGAGCUAGAGUAACUGACUCUUGUAAGCGAUGCGACAAUUUUAAAGUUAAAAUUGACGCUUGCGAUACCAACGAGAUAUCUAAAAAAAAUGAGCUUACUAUCGCCAAAGAGCUUCAUUUACGGAAAGCAGAAUCUGCAAUGACAAAUUUAAAACUUGACAUGCAAAAUGCGAAGCAGGAUAACGAUACUACCGUCAUAAUAUUUGACUUAAUGAAGACACUCCCAGCACCAGUCAUUUCAACUGGUAUUUGCUACUACAAGCGUCAGUUGUGGACCUACUGUUUAGGCAUUCACAAUGCUGGUACAGACGAAAUGUUUAUGUAUGUCUGGGAUGAAUCGACAGCAUCCAGGGGACCACAAGAAAUAGUGGAAAAUAUAGAUCACAAAUUCACGGUCAGCGGGCAUUCGUUUUCAUCUUGCGACCGGGCUUUCGGUUUGGUGGAAAAACAAAAGAAGUAUUUCCCAAACAUAUACGUUCCCGAACAUUGGAACAAUGUGAUACUAGCAGCAAGGAAAAAGAAACCUUUCCAAAUUGUGGAAAUGAAACGAGACGCCUUUAUAUCCACCAAAGCCUUGGAAACUAAUAUCACAAACAGGAAGAUCGGCGUUGAUGGAACGUGCGUCGACGUGCGAAUAGAUAGAUUAGUGGUUGCGCGUGCGCCAAGCAAUAAAAAUAUGUCAGUUUAUACCUGGAGUAACGAAAAUGUUUACAAAUUGAUUGAAAUGUUUCAAGCAGGAGAACUACUGUGGAACACGAUAUCAGAGGACUACAAAGACCGAAAUAAGAAACACGAUGCUUGGAUGGAAAUUGCCAGUGAAUUUAAUGUGGAUAAAAAAGUAAUUGAAAAAAAGAUUCGAUCCCUCGUAGGUCAAUUUAACCGAGAAUCUAAAUCUAAAUCUGGUGCAGGAGGUGAUGAAUCAAUUAAAUGGUUUGCAUAUAAAAAACUCAUGUUCCUAAAGGGCAAAAAUAUCCCAAGCUCAACUGUCGAUGGAGGGUUGCAGGUGAGUUUUAUUUUAACGUCUUUUAAUAGUAUUUAGAUGCCCAGUCCAAUAACCCUUCAUUUGAAAAAUAUUCAGCGAAUUCUUUUCUUAUUUCUUUCCCAUCAUCUGACUGGGAAUCUUGGGAUUCACAUUGUUCUAGUGGUGUUAAUUGCUGCUCUUCUAAUCUCCAUUGUCCAUCGAUACGUCUACCAGUUAAGUCGUCGCCAUCGUAGUAUUGAGGUGGAGCGUAAAUCAUGCUCGAUCCAGUUUUUCUUAGAAAAUUAUGCAGUAGCACGCAUGUCAUAAUUAAAGUAGUAGUUUUUUCUGGAUCUAAUAAUAUUAUAGUUCGUAAAACUCUAAAUCUGCCGACAAAAUCCCAAAUGCAUUCUCUACUGUUCUCCUCGCACGACUCAGUCUAUAACUGAAGAUUCUUUCCUUAGAAUUGCUAUCCUGUGGUCCUGGAAAAGGUUUUAACAAGUGUUUUUCUAACGGGAACGCAUCAUCUGUUACGAACACAUAAGGAACAGGUUUGUUUCUGCCUGGUAGUGAGCUGUCAUUGGGUAUAUUCAAACUAUAGUCGUUAAUUUUUUUUCGAAAUUUUGUGUUUGCGAAAACUCCACCAUCACUUAUGCGUCCUUGGCAGCCAAUAUUCACGUAUAAAAAGUUAUAUUCUGCGUCCACUAGCGCUAAAAGUACAACGCUGUAAAAUCCUUUAUAAUUGUAAUAUUCACUGCCGCUAUCAAUUGGCUUUUGUAUGGCUACGUGCUUCCCAUCGAUACUUCCUAAGCAAUUUGGGAAAUUCCAUUUGGUUAAAAAUUUAUUUGCCACGCAUAGCCACUCUUGGGGUGUUGUCGGUAACUGGAAAAAAAAAUAGAACAUUAAGUAACUUGUAGUUAUCGUUUACUUCUAUUCUUUCAGGGUAACGAAGAAAACAGAAGUGAUAGUUUGAACGAAUCAGAAAAUACUGUCACUCUAAACGAAACUACGGAGAAGGUGUUCCCCACCCCAAAAACAUUUCGCAAAAGAAGACGGCCACAAGAAGAAAACGAUACAACACAACAAGAAGCUUUAAAGAUUUUACAAAGCAUGCACGAAACUAGAAAGAGCAAGGAUGAAAGUGACGCAUUUGGAGAGUAUGUCUCUAUGAAACUCAAACAAUUAAAAAACCGUUGUGCUUUCAAUACUGCUCAACAUCACAUUAACAAUAUUUUGUACAAUGCAUCAAUGGGACUAUAUGAUUAUCCUACAAACAUGACAGAGCCAACUGCUAGUAGCUCCUGGGGAUACACCACCACCAGCCCUUUUACAUCCCCACUGCAGGGGCUCAGGCCUUCCUUAUGGAUGGUUAAGGAGGAUGGGCCAUGACCCUCCACGCUGGCCCAAUGCGGAUUGGAGGGUAUUGACGACUGCAAAUGCAGCCGGGACCAACGGCUUAACGUGCCUUCCGAAGCACGGAGUAGCUCGAGAAGAUAAUUUUUUGGUCACCCAUCCUGAGACCGACCCUUGCGAAAGUUGCUUAACGACUACGAUCGCGGGCCGCGGCGCUUAUCCACUACGCCACCGAGCUACUCUGGGGAUACAACUCUGGACCAAAUCCAUCCACUUUUUCGGAAAAUAAUGCUGUCUGUAGCUCGAGAGGAUACUACACUGCACCGAGUCCCCUAGCUUCAUUCGAAACCAGUCCUUUGGAUAGCUCGAGGGCACAUACUCGUACCAGCGCAAGAGCACCGACUCCAUCAAAUUUUUCGGAAUCAAGCCAAGAUUCGACCGGAUCAUUAAACGAUUUGCUGAGUUCAAUCCAAAAUUAAAAAUAUGUGUUUGAUUUGUUGAUUAUUAAAAAUUUAAUAAAUAAAAAUGUUGUUUGACUUACUUUUAUGCAUUCUUGUAAAACCGCAUUGAGAGCCUCGCACACUUGUGGUACGAUUAUUGAUAUCACUUGAUCUGACAGCUUGAACACAUCUCCAAGACUUUUAUAACUGCUACCACUUGCCAAAAACCUUAACGUUAUUCCAAGUCUUUCCGUCACACUUAUAGAUUUUCUAAAAUUUGUGUCUCGUUUGCCUAUUUUUGCCCCAACUAAAUUUUGUAGAUAUUCAAAUUCGGAACUGUUCAUUCUUAUAAAAUCUUCUAAGCAACCAUCAAUGCCCAAAUCCUCGAGAUAGUUUGUGGCACUAUAUUUUUCUCUAGCUUUAAGCGUUCGGCGCAUCCAAUAAGAGCGCUUUUUCUUUUUUUUAAACAAAAAAUGAAAGCUAUCCCAAUUAGCAAAUCUUCUUCCAUUUUCGUGUAGACGCCUCAGAACGGAAAACCAAACUGCGAGCCAAUGCCAGAUUCAAAAUGUUAUAA